UGACCGCGAUCACGUGACCGCGCGGCUCCUCCAUAGCAGCAGUGUUUCACUUCCGCGUGAUCAGUGUGUAGUGUUUACACCAUGAACUCGAAUAAACCUGAGUAUUUGAUUUAUUUCACACUAUUUCAUUUUCUCUGUUGUGUGAAUGGAUUCGUGUGGAAUGGAGACACUUUCAGAAGAAAGGUGUCACUGGAGAUGAACCCUGGGUUAACCCCGCCUUCAGUGGCGCCCCCUGGGGUCUCGAUGCUCCACACACGGGCCCUCAGCCACAACGACACACUGCACUUCCUGUUCUGCAGCGGUGGAGCUCCAGCCCUGUUACUUAUCCACACGAACUCGUCCGAGUCCGAGGUGCACGUGAACUGGACCAAGUUCCUCAGCACAGAUCCUACAGGCAGCGUGAAGGUGGAACCGGAGAGCAGUGUGCAGCACCGAGGUGCCCUCGUCUUCACCAACUUAUGGGAGUAUGGAGUGAACAGCACGAGGCAGAGUGUGUUGUCUCCAUACAGACUCCAUGAGUUUGAGUGGGACGACGUGAACAAGACGGUGGAUUACACACACCACACUGCACAGCUCUGUGGGAGACACGCCAGCUUCAGCAGCAAUGCCUCCCUGUGUCUGCACUUUUCAGCGUAUGAUUGUUCAGGCCGAGAGGAGGCGUGGCCUAGUCUCCUCCACCACGCUAACUCCUCCCAGCUGCGUGUGGUGUUGAAAGGUGUGAUGCCACGAACCAACCAAUCGCAUUUCACCCUGGAACUCCAGACAGUGAAUGAGGCGGGGCUUCUGACUCAAGUCGACGUUCACAGGUCCAUCGAUGACGAAUACACGCCCUCUAUCUUCCAGGUGUCGGAGUGGGUGUGGCCUCAUGAUAACUCCUCCUCCACUGUGGGAUUCUUUCAGUGGAAGCCUGUAGUGUAUCAGAAGAGUCUUCCUGCCAUCGAGGACGCCACACCUUGCAUCAAUUCAGAACCUGUCACCCUACCCCAAGCUCCGCCCUCACGCAUUAUCCCUGCCUACUUCAACCAGCAUCACUUCACACACGGCCUCAACAUCACCUUCAACGUGACCUCUGAGCUCACCCCUAACUCCACCCAGUACCUCAGCUGGACCAUGCUGGCGGGAAUCGGGACCCCUCCAUCAGAUUUCUUCUCUUCGCUGGUGAUCGCCAUCAUGGCCGUCGGCCUCGGCACGCCCCUCAUCCUCCUGGCGGCGGGCGGAGUUUAUAUCUGCGUAUGGAAAAGGAAACGGGAUACGCUCGGCCAUUACGAACCCAUCAACCAGGGCUGAGACACGAGCCACGCCCACGUACAUACAAACCGACCAAUGGGAAAACAUUUCACGUGUCAAUCCUACAGCAAGCUCCUCCCUAACGAGUACAGUGACCACUGAACUACAAUAUACUGCUUUUCUCCUACAUACAUUUAUUUUCUGAAUGUUCUAGAUCUUCUCUGGGGGUUUCAGAAUAAUGUUGCAGUAAUGGCAUGUGAUUCUAAGCUCAUGGGAAGUCCAGUGACGGAACAAACAGCCAAUAAUAAUUCACCACAACUUCUAAAGAAAAGCUACAAAAAUAAAUCCAUAAAAAUUCUUAAAUAAAAGCGAAUGAAAUGCCUCAAGAUAUGAUUUCUAUAAUGUUGUUUAUUGUAACCGACCAAUCAGAAGUCAGCUUUCUAGCUGAACAAUGACUCCUUGUGGGAGGGGCUUAGUGGCUUCCUGGUGCCUGAACUGAAGCCAGAACCAGUACCAGUGUUGUUCAGGGAACAGAGAACCUUUUUAUGAAGUGAUUUAACCUGUGAUGUCACUGAUUGUGGGCGUGUCCUAAUUCAGAAUGUAAAAUGAUAUCACUGAGUUUUAUCGAUGUUGAUGUUUACACUGGAUAUGUAGAUUUUCAGGUUGACACCAGGGUUUUGAAACGACUCCUCCCCCUUUCCCUCUUUACAUCACGGAACCUACAGUGGAGACCCGAUGCGUUUAUGGAGGAAGGUGUUCUGUAUGUCAUGUACAACAGCUGACCAUCUGAACACCUUCAUAGAAACUUUACAGGAACCGUCAUGAGUGAUGGACUGAGUGAGCUGAUGGGAAGUCAGAAAAGAACUGAACACUGCGUCAGUCUCCGUUUCAGACGUUCUUCUGACCUUUGUGUAUAUUUUUGAUCAAUAAUCAAUAAAACCGUACCCAGAAAAUCCUUGAGAAAAGA